AUGGCUUCUCUAUCUGCUGAACAGACAUUACAAUUACGCACCCAACUACAUCAAGCUGUAGCUGCAUGCAACGACCGAUGUCUAUAUCGUUCUGCAAAAUGGGCUGCAGAACUUCUCAAUGCAUUCCCAGACUCGGAUCAGGACCUUGAUACAGGUUGUGAUACGGAGCCGAACUCUCCAACUGCUGAAGCCGAUCAAUGGUCGAAUUUCCAGUUUUCACCAGAUCCCCACGAGGCUCGACUAGAACGGAGAGAAUACCCAAAGUUUCUGAUGGCCAAAUCUUUCUUUGACUGUCGUGAAUUCGAUCGUUGCGCUGCUACUUUGCUACCGAGUCUUGUACCACAACAGCCAAUCAAUAGAGAUACGACGAGUGCUGCCACAAAGACCAAACCAAAGCCAACAAAUUCAUUGCCGGGCUUACCACAGCUCAGCCAACGUUCGCUCUUCCUUGCCUUGUACGCAAAGUAUAUGGCUGGCGAGAAACGUAAGGAAGAAGACAGUGAGAUGAUUCUGGGUCCCACGGAUGGCUCUGUCACUCUGAACAAGGAGCUCAGCAGGAUAUCCGGCAUCCUCGAUGAUUAUCUGAGUGCUCGAGGAGGUCUCCAGAGUACACAAGAAUCGCAAGGCUUCUUGGAAUAUCUAUAUGGAGUUGUUCUGUUGAAGGGCAAGAACGAGGCUCUUGCAAACGCGUGGCUCCUCAAGAGUGUAAACCACUGUCCAUGGAACUGGGGAGCAUGGCAAGAACUUGCAGACUUGUUGAGCUCGGCCGAAGAGCUCAAUGGUAUAACCGAACACCUGCCGCAAAACAUCAUGACAUUCAUGUUCCACAUCUACUGUAGCCAAGAGCUCUUCCGAUCAACAGAGAAGGUCUACAACGAGAUCAAUCAAAUCAGCAGCAUCUUCCCCAACUCGGCCUUCCUACAGACUCAGCGUGCUCUGCUGCACUAUCACUCCAAAGAAUUCGAGGAAGCUGAUGGCCUAUUCGCCGACCUUCUCCUACGACACCCAUACCGACUAGACUCCAUGGACUCCUACUCGAACAUCCUAUACGUGAUGCCCUCACGCCCAAAACUAGCCCACCUCGCCUCCGUCGCCUCCUCCAUCGACAAAUUCCGCCCGGAAACCUGCUGCAUCAUCGGAAACUACUACUCGCAAUGCUCCGAGCACGAAAAAGCAGUCAUGUACUUCCGCCGCGCCUUGACUCUCGACCGCCAAUUCCUCUCCGCCUGGACACUAAUGGGCCACGAAUACAUUGAGCUCAAAAACACACAAGCGGCGAUAGAAAGUUACAGACGCGCUGUGGAUGCUAACAGAAAGGAUUACAGAGCUUGGUAUGGGUUAGGUCAGGGCUAUGAGCUUUUGGACAUGCAUUCGUACGCGCUGUUUUACUUUCAACGAGCCGUGGCGCUGCAGCCCUGGGAUCCGAAGAUGUGGAUGGCGGUGGCGAAUUCGUUUGCCAACUGCGGUAGAUUGCAGAAUGCGAUUCGAUCGUAUAAGCGUGCGCUCGUUGCUGGCAGUUAUCUCGACAAUGGCGGUGGUGCAGUCAGUUUUGCAUCUUCUGCAGAUCCGCUCGCUGGAGCAGUGGGAGGGGCUUUGGAUCCAGAGAUCUUGUAUCAGAUUGCUCUGCUGUACGAGCAGGAUAACAAUAUGGACGAGGCUUCUGCGUAUAUGGAGCUUACGCUUGCGCAGGAGGAAGGGCCGGAUGAAGAUGAUUUGCCGCCUGGAGCGCCGCUGUCGAGUGCCGGAGGUGGCAUUGGGAUUACGCAGACGACGAGUAAAGCUAGGUUGUGGCUGGCCAAGUGGAGUUUCGUCAAGCAAGAUUGGCAGCGGGCGUCAGAGUUGGCGAAUGAAUUGUGUCAGGAUGGAGUUGAGGUGGAAGAGGCAAAGGCGCUGGUCAGGGAUGUGAGGGCGAGGUUGGAAGCUGAUGGUUAG